AUGGUGGAGAGUGGCGCUAGACGUGUCAACCUCCUCAAUAAUCUCAAUACUCAUAGCCUCAGGUCCGUGUCCUGGUUCCUGGAAAUCGUUGUAGAGUAUUGUGUUAGUCUUCGUGGCUACACUGGCCUUGUGCUCUCUGGCUUGCUCCUGCAGGGUUCGUUGAGUUUGGCCGAUAUACUGCAUGCGACAAGUUGUGCAUUUUAUGAUAUAAACUAUGCUUCUGGUCGUACAUGUGAACCUCUCAUCAGUAGUGCAAUGGGGUAG